CCUUCUCGUUGCUACGCACUGCCUGAACCAAACCACUUUUCCCCAGCACAAGACCUCCCGUCCACGGCGUCGAGCCCAAGUUAAUCGAAGCUAAGACUAAGACCAAGACCAAACCCCCAUAACGACAUCUCAAGAUGGUGACCAAAUUUCUCGACAAGCUGCGCAACAAGCGCGUCCUCAUCGUCGGCGGCUCCAGCGGCAUCGGCUACGGGAUCGCCGAAGGGUGUCUCGAGUUCGGCGCCAUCGUCACCAUCGCCUCGCGGUCGCAGUCCAAAGUCGACAGCGCCGUGGCCAAGCUGCAAAAAACCUAUCCCGAGCACGCGGCAAACAUCACCGGCCACGCGAUUGCCCUGAGCGACAGCCCUGAGAUUGAAGACGAGCUGCAAAACUUGUUCGACUUCGCCACAGACCACAAAAGGUUCAAACUCGACCACGUCGUCGAAACGGCCGGCGACGUCGGCCUGAUGGGCCAAGUGAACAUGGACACGGUGACGCCAAGCUUGCUGUCUCUGCUCGCGCGCGACAGACUCGUCGGCGUGACGAUGCUGGCCAAAGUCGCAAUCCGUUACAUGGCGCCGGCCGCCGGAAGUUCGUUCACCAUGACGUCGGGCGCGCUGGUCAAUAAGCCGCGGAAGGGGUUGGCACCCGUGAUCGGCAUCGGCGCGGCAAAGGAGGGCCUCACGCGCGGGCUGGCCUUGGAUAUGGCGCCUGUCCGCGUCAAUCUGGUGUCGCCCGGUGCUGUCGAGACGGACUUGUUGUUCAGAAGUGUGCCGGUCGCUGCCGAUGCUGGGGAGGACGAGAAGGAGGCAGCAAAGGACAAGAUGCGCGAAAUGUACGCGCAGCAUGGUCUGGUGGGCAAGGUCGCGAGUGUCGAGGACCUGGCCGAGGCGUAUUUGGGCUUGAUGAAAAAUGCGUUUCAGACGGGCACGCUGGUGAAUGUGGAGGGUGGGUAUCUUUUGAAGUGA